UACUACAGUAUAUAAAAAGAACAGCGGGAGAUUUAAACCGUUGUGUAAUUUUAAUUCGCCCAGACAUGAUGCAGUUCCAGAAGAUGUGCCUCUAUAUACUUGGAAUGUUAGUUAUGAGCACCGUUUAUAGUGUUGUUUCAGCAGAACUUGUAAGAACACAACGUGUUGUCACAGCCACACUGGGAGAAAAUGUCAGCCUCAGGUGUGAGCUAUCAAAACCCAAAGACGUGUUACAAGUUACUUGGCAGAAGACAAAAGGACAAUCAUUUGAAAAUGUUGCCACAUACAACAAGCGCUUUGGAGCAAAAAUUACAGAUGCUUUCAGAGACCGCGUGACUGUCACCCAGGUGGGAACAGAUGCCUCCUGUAUAACCAUUCAUGGAGUUACGAAGGAAGAUGAAACCUGUUACAGCUGUUUAUUCAAUGCAUAUCCUGAGGGAGCAAUCACUGGAAGGACCUGUCUAUCUGUCUAUGAGAUAUAUGAGCCCCAUUUAGAAGUAGAGAGUAUUUCGAAGCCAGAGAGUGGACAUGAAGAAGUCAAAUCAAUAACCUGUUCAGUUACUGGGAAACCAGCGGCAAGCAUUUCAUGGAAUGCCACUGAAGAUGUGCUUCUGAAUCCACAACAAUACUCUGUUGUGAAUCCUAAUGGAACAAUUACUCUGAUGUACAAUGCAACUGUACUGCCAUCGAGGAUUUUUAACAAAGAAGUAGUGGUAACCUGUAAAGUGACCCACCUGGGUUUAACAAAGGAAAAACAAAUAUCCAAAGUUAUUAGUGCACCAGCCAUUGAGUCUUACUUGGAAAAAAAUAUAUCUAAACCACCAACAAAUGCAGUAACAAUUGGACUUACCAGUAUUUGUGGAUUUUUAUUAAGUGUUUUUGGAGUUGUGGGAAUAUUAAAGUUCUGUUGGAAAAAAAAUGGAAAAAAACCUGAAAGUUCUCAGAAAAGGUUUCCAAAGGACAAUGAGUCAGGAUCAGUCAGUGAAAACCAUGAUCCUUUGAGGACUCCGUUGAAAAAUAAAAGUUUCAAUACAGGUCAACCUUUUGAAAGCCCCUUCAGGUGCAGGAGCACACCAUUAAAAAACAGAAGUGCUCAGAAAAUGUUUCCAAAGGACAAUGAAUCAGAAUCAGUCAGUGAAAACCAUGAUCCUUUGAGGACUCCAUUAAAUAAAAGUUUCAAAACAGGUCAACCUUUUGAAAGCCCGUUGAGGUACAGGAAGACACCAUUAAAAAAUAAAAGUUUUAAUGGAUUUUCACCAUUGGAAGGAUCAGAAAAUACAAACCAUGUUCCUUUCAGGCACAUGACUCCAUCCAAAAAUAAAAGCCCUUCUAAAAGUUUGUUAAGUGACCAAUCCCCUGCUUUGAAGAACACUACUCCAGAAAAAAAGGAAGCAAAAAGCAAAAGGGCAAUACACUAUUACCGGUAAUAAUAAAAUCAAGAUGGAUCGGAUUAUUGAUUAAAAUAUACAUUUUCCAUGAUACACAACGGGGGACUGUAGAAGAUGAAGAUUUUUUCAUUAAGAAAACAAUAUCUACUAUAUAUCAUGAGUUGCUAUAGAUUUAAACUUUUCAUACUUCAUAUAAUACUCCAUUGAAUAUCUUUAUUGCUGCAUCUGGUCUCCUGUUUCCUACUGUACUGUCCACAUGUGAGCAUUGAAACGUGCUAUAUUUUCACUUUCAAAUAUUCCGUUUUGUAAAUAUUUCUUUUGUAUUGUUUGCCAUUUUGUAUAUUUGAAUUUCAGUACAAAACGUUUGUGUU